AGAAGCCACUUGGCAAAACAGGACACAAGGCCUAUAGGUGCAGCACGCAGUUUAUCUUACCCGUGCGUCAGGAAAACAGGAUGCUGUCCCUGGGCCGGCUGGUAGCAAGAUUUAUGUUUCAGAAUAUUGCAACACAACUUCCUUCUCUCUGUUGCUUUGUGCAUUGUUUGAAGGAGGAAAAUAAAGAAGUGCUUUUAAAGCAUCGCAGUGUGUAAAGAUGGGCGGCAUGGGUUAGGUUAAAUAGCAACAUUGGCUCUUCUGGGACAUUGUGGGCCACCUCGUCUCUGCUUUAUUUUAACCUCUGCUUUGAUGCCUCCUUGAUUCCACUGAAUGGGCAUCCUUCAUUUGUUGGUCUGUUAACUUCUGAUUGCAGCUACUUGGGGUUCUUUGGUACGUGGAGAGUGAGAAUGUAGCUGUCUCUAGGUCAUCGCUCAGAAUACAUACUGAAGGCUGCCUUUGCUAACGGGGAGGGAAGGCCUCUAAGCUGUGGCCAGUAUUCACGUUGGGUAAUUACUGAAACUUGCAGGAAGGCCUGAUACUGUGAACUUUUGUAAAAGAAAAAGGAAGAUAGAUGAAGAGAAUGAGGCAAACUUGCUAGCAGUCCUCACAGAGACACUGGACAGUCUCCCUGUGGAUGAAGACGGAUUGCCCUCAUUUGAUGCACUGACAGAUGGAGAUGUGACCACCGACAAUGAGGCUAGUCCUUCCUCCAUGCCUGAUGGCACCCCUCCGCCUCAGGAGACAGAAGAGCCGUCUCUGCUUAAGAAGCUCUUACUGGCACCAGCCAACACUCAGCUAAGUUAUAAUGAAUGCAGUGGCCUCAGUACCCACAACCAUGCAAACCAUAAUCACAGGAUCAGAACAAACCCUGCAGUUGUUAAGACCGAGAAUUCAUGGAGCAAUAAAGCGAAGAGCAUUUGUCAACAGCAAAAGCCACAAAGACGUCCCUGCUCGGAGCUUCUCAAGUAUCUGACCACAAAUGAUGACCCUCCUCACACCAAACCCACAGAGAACCGGAACAGCAGCAGAGACAAAUGCACCUCCAAAAAGAAGGUCCACACACAAUCUCAGUCACAACAUUUACAAGCCAAACCAACAACUUUAUCUCUUCCUCUGACCCCAGAGUCACCAAAUGACCCCAAGGGUUCCCCAUUUGAGAACAAGACUAUUGAACGAACCUUAAGUGUGGAACUCUCUGGAACUGCAGGCCUAACUCCACCCACAACUCCUCCUCAUAAAGCCAACCAAGAUAACCCUUUUAGGGCUUCUCCAAAGCUGAAGCCCUCUUGCAAGACUGUGGUACCUCCGCCAUCAAAGAAGGCCCGGUACAGUGAGUCUUCCGGUAUCCAAGACAAUAACUCCACCAGGAAAGGGCCCGAGCAGUCUGAGUUGUACGCACAGCUCAGCAAGACCUCCGUGCUCACCAGUGGACACGAGGAAAGGAAGGCCAAGCGGCCCAGUCUGCGGCUGUUUGGUGACCAUGACUAUUGUCAGUCAAUUAAUUCCAAAACGGAAGUACUCAUUAAUAUAUCACAGGAGCUCCAUGACUCCAGACAACUAGAAUAUAAAGAUGCCUCCUCCAACUGGCAGGGGCAGAUGCGCUUUUCCACAGAUUCAGACCAGUGCUACCUGAGAGAGGCCUCGGGGGUGAGCAGGCAGGUCUCUCCCGGCAGCACCAGAAAACAGCUCCAAGACCAGGAAAUCCGAGCUGAGCUGAACAAGCACUUCGGUCAUCCCAGUCAAGCUGUUUUUGACGACGAAGCAGACAAGACCAGUGAACUGAGGGACAGUGAUUUCAGUAAUGAACAAUUCUCCAAACUACCUAUGUUUAUAAAUUCAGGACUAGCCAUGGAUGGCCUGUUUGAUGACAGCGAGGAUGAAAGUGAUAAACUGAACUCCCCUUGGGACGGCACGCAGUCCUAUUCAUUGUUCCAUGUGUCGCCUUCUUGUUCUUCUUUUAACUCUCCAUGUAGAGAUUCCGUGUCACCACCCAAAUCCUUAUUUUCUCAAAGACCCCAAAGGAUGCGCUCUCGUUCACGGUCCUUUUCUCGACAUAGGUCGUGUUCUCGAUCACCAUAUUCCAGGUCAAGAUCAAGGUCCCCAGGCAGUAGAUCCUCUUCAAGAUCUUGCUACUACUAUGAGUCAGGCCACUGCAGACACCGCGCGCACCGAAAUUCUCCCCUGUGCGCGAGAUCACGUUCAAGAUCGCCCUACGGCCGGCGGCCCAGGUAUGACAGCUACGAAGAGUAUCAGCACGAGAGGCUGAAGAGGGAAGAAUACCGCAGAGAGUAUGAGAAACGGGAGUCUGAAAGGGCCAAACAGAGAGAGAGGCAAAGGCAGAAGGCAAUUGAAGAACGCCGUGUGAUUUAUGUUGGUAAAAUCAGACCUGACACAACACGGACAGAACUGAGGGACCGUUUUGAAGUUUUUGGUGAAAUUGAGGAGUGCACAGUAAAUCUGCAGGAUGAUGGAGACAGCUAUGGUUUCAUUACCUACCGUUAUACCUGUGAUGCUUUUGCUGCUCUUGAAAAUGGAUAUACUUUGCGCAGGUCGAAUGAAACUGACUUCGAGCUGUACUUUUGUGGACGCAAGCAAUUUUUCAAGUCUAACUAUGCAGACCUAGAUUCAAACUCAGAUGACUUUGACCCUGCUUCCACCAAGAGCAAGUAUGACUCUCUGGAUUUCGAUAGUUUACUGAAAGAAGCCCAGAGAAGCUUGCGCAGGUAACAUGUUCCCUGGCUGAGGAUGACAGAGGGACGGUGAAUACCUCACGGGACAGCGCGUCCUUCCCUAACAGACUGUUGCAAGUCAUACUUAGGAAUUUCUCCUACUUUACACUCUCUAUACAAAAACAAAACAAAACAACAACAACACAACAAGAACAACAACAAUGGUUUACAUGAAUACAGCUGCUGAAGAGGCAAGAGAUAGAAUGGAAACCCAGUAAGCACAUGUUUAUUUAUGGGUGUCAGCUUUGCUUUCCCUGAGUCUCUUGGUGAUGGAGUGUGUGUGUGUGUGUGUGUGUGUGUGUGUGCGCGCACGUGUGUGUUUGCCUGGUUUGCAGGAAGUGUGUAUGUACAGGUGGGGACUGGGGGCACCUGACCAGAGCGUGCAAGGGCAAACCACUUCAAAUGGCAGCAGUUCCAUGAAGACACACUUAAAACCUAGAACUUCAAAAUGUUCAUAUUCUAUUC